AUGGCUACCCCCGGCUCGGAUCCGGCUGUCGAUGCGCAGUCCAGAUCGCCGCUUGUCAUAGCGAUCUGCAUCUCCUUCGUGGUAUUGUCAUUUUUGAUCGUCGCCUUGAGGCUCUACGUUCGCGUUGUUCUUCUCAAGGCCCUGGGUCCCGAUGACUGGACGAUUUGCGUUGCUCAGGUCCUUUCCAUCGUCGUUUCUAUAACGACUAUAUUACAGGCUAAAUUUGCCCUUGGUCGUCAUAUAUGGACUCUACCGCCAGAUCGUAUCCACAAACAGUUAACGGCUCUCUAUGUUGGUAUUAUUAUUUAUACUUUAGGAUUAAACCUUAUCAAGAUUUCUUUUCUACUACAGUAUCGUCGUAUAUUCUCGAACAAGAUCAUGAAACGAGUCACCCUUCUUCUUUUAUGCGUCAUUUCAACAUGGGCCGUCGUCCAGAUACCAGUGCUCGCACUUACCUGCUUUCCCCUGUCCGCUAUAGUGCCAGCCAUGGCGGAUACCUGCCUCCCGACUUUCCCUAGUUGGUACUUCACGGCUUACUUCCAUAUUGCUACCGACUUCAUCAUCUUCAUUGCCCCCUUGCCAACCGUGUUUUCUCUAAAUAUGGGGUGGAGGCGGAAGCUUUGUCUGGCAGCUAUUCUCUCUAUAGGACUUUUCACAUGCAUCAUAUCUAUCAUUCGAGCCACGACGCUCCACCGAUGCCUUGUUACACCAGACCCGACGUGGGACACGACAGAUGCUGCAUGGUGGACCGCUGUCGAGAUAAACUGCGCCAUCAUCUGCGCAUCUUUAGCCACUCUGCGGCCUCUUCUUGCUAGAUUGGUCCCU